AUGGGGGCUCGGGGCUGCCUGGAGCCGCUGCUGCUGCUGCUGCUGCUGCUGCCACCCCUCCCUUGGGCCGGUGUGUCCAGCAUGGGCUCAGAGUCACUGCCCGGGGCGGUGGCAGCUGCUGGUGGCGACGGGACGUGGCUCCAGCCCUCCAUCAUCGGGGGACACGAGGCCAAACGCCACUCCCGGCCCUACAUGGCGUCCCUGCAGUUUGGGGGGGUUCACGUCUGCGGGGCAGCGCUGCUGGACCGGCGCUGGGCGCUGUCGGCCGCGCACUGCCGGCCUGAGGGGUCGUGGCACAACGUGAGGCUGCUGGUGGGGCUGCACAACUGGCGGCACCACGAGGAGGGCACGCAGAGCUUCACCAUCCGGGCUGUCUGUCCCCACCCCGGCUACGACGGACGGACGAUGGAGAACGACCUGCUCCUGCUCCAGCUGGACAGGAAGGUGACACGGAGCAGGACACGGCAGCGGAUCCCGCUGGCGAGACGGGAGCCGGCGCCGGGGGCGCGGUGCAGCCUGGCGGGCUGGGGGGUCGUGGACCCCCAGGGCCGGAGGCUGUCGCCCACCCUGCAGGAGAUGGAGGUGACGGUGAUGGACACGCGGAUGUGCAACAACAGCCGCUUCUGGCACGGCGAUAUCGGCCCCACCAUGAUCUGCGUCCAGGGGCAGCGCCGCGGCUCAGCACCCGCCAAGGGUGACUCGGGGGGGCCCUUGGUGUGCGGGAAGCGGCCGGCAGUGGCCGGCGUGGUGUCCUUCAGCGGCAAGAACGCCACUGAUCCUUUCAAGCCGCCGGUGGCCACCUCGACCGUGAAACACAAGAAAUGGAUCCAGAAAACGCUGCGGAAGGGCUGCAGACCCGCCCAGCCUGAACACACGGGAUAGACCAAACACCCCUUCCUAUUUACACAGAGCAGCCCCCCAGCCUGGUGGCAGCACCCUGUGAGCAGCCCCUGGGAUGAGCCCAUCGGGACCCCGGCCACCCCCGUGAGCUUUGCCUGGCUCCUCCUAUUUCCCUCUGCCACCACCUCAGACCGGCACCCAUCAGCCAUGAGGAACCUCCAGCAGGGGCUCCUGGUCCCCCAAACGGGGGUCCUGGUCCCCAUCUCCCCCUCCAAAGCCUCUCCUCUGC